AUCCAGUCACUGGAUACCAAGUAAACAUCCUGAUACCUCUGAGAAGAGCCAGGAAAUGGAGUCUGUGAACAACCUCUGCAGUCAGUAUGAGGAGAAGGUGCGACCCUGUAUUGACCUCAUCGACUCUCUGCGGGCUCUGGGUGUGGAGCAGGACCUGGCCUUGCCUGCCAUCGCUGUCAUUGGGGACCAGAGUUCAGGGAAGAGCUCUGUGCUGGAAGCACUGUCUGGAGUGGCCCUCCCCAGAGGCAGUGGUAUCGUUACCAGGUGCCCUCUGGUGCUGAAACUGAAGCAACUCAAGCAGGGAGCAGAAUGGAGAGCCAAGGUCAUCUAUAAGGAUACUGAGAUUGAGAUCUCAGACCCUGCACAGGUAGAAAGGGAAAUCAAUAAAGCCCAGAACUUGAUUGCUGGGGAAGGAUUGCAGAUUAGCUCUGAGCUCAUUAGCUUGGAGGUCAGCUCUCCACGUGUCCCAGACCUGACUCUGAUUGACCUGCCUGGUAUCACAAGGGUGGCUGUAGGCAACCAGCCUGCAGACAUUGAACACAAGAUCAAGAGACUCAUCAGGACAUACAUCCAAAAGCAGGAGACCAUCAACCUGGUGGUAGUCCCCAGCAAUGUGGACAUUGCUACCACAGAGGCCCUGAGCAUGGCUCAGGAGGUAGACCCUGAAGGAGAUAGGACCAUAGGGAUCUUGACCAAGCCCGAUCUGGUGGACAGAGGUGCUGAAGACAAGGUCAUGGAUGUGGUGCGGAACCUGGUGUACCAUCUGAAGAAGGGCUACAUGAUAGUCAAGUGCAGGGGUCAGCAGGACAUCCAGGAGCGGCUGAGCCUGGCUGAGGCUCUUCAGAAUGAGGAAGUCUUCUUCAAGGAGCACCCAUACUUCAGAGUUCUUCUGGAGGAUGGGAAGGCCACAGUGCCCUGCCUGGCAAAGAGACUGACCACGGAGCUCACCUCCCACAUCUGUAAAUCGCUGCCACUAUUGGAAAAUCAAAUAAAUAAGAGUUACCAGAGUGCAUGUGAAGAGCUACAGAAGUAUGGCUCAGACAUACCAGAAGACGACAGUCAAAGGAUGUCCUUUCUGAUGAAUAAAAUCAAGGUCUUCAAUAAGAAUAUCAUGGCUUUGGUACAAGCACAGGAAACCAUAUCAGGGGGAGACAGCCGGUUGUUUACCAAACUGCGAAAUGAGUUUCUUGCUUGGGAUGAUUAUAUUGAGGAACAUUUCAGAAAAAGUUCUCCUGAGAUACAUAGCAAGAUGGAAGAAUUUGAAAAUCAGUAUCGUGGCCGGGAGCUGCCAGGGUUUGUGGACUAUAAGGCAUUCGAGAACAUCAUCAAAAAGCAAGUCAAAGCCCUGGAAGAGCCCUCAGUGAACAUGAUGCACAGGGUCACUCAGAUGGUCCGAACUGCCUUCUCAAAGGUUUCAUCAAACAUUUUUGGUGAUUUUUUAAACCUCCACUGUACUGCCAAGUCCAAAAUUGAAGACAUCAAAUUAAACCAAGAAAAAGAAGCUGAAAAACUGAUCCGACUUCACUUCCAGAUAGAACAGAUCAUCUACUGCCAGGACCAAGUUUACAAGGAAGCCUUGAAGAAGAUCAGAGAGGAGGAAGCUGAGAAACAAAAGGCUAGGGGGUUAAGUACUGCUACCUUUCCAUUUAACUCUCAGUUUCCUCAGAAGGAAUUGACUACCCCUGAGAUGACCCAGCACCUGAAGGCCUACUACCAGGUGUGCAGAAGCAACAUUGGGAGACAGAUCCCUCUGAUCAUCCAAUACUUCAUCCUGCAAACAUUUGGGGAAGAAAUGGAGAAAUCAAUGCUUCAGCUUUUACAGGACACCAAUAAAUGCAACUGGUUUUUGGAUGAGCAAUGUGACACCAGAGAGAAGAAGAAGUUCCUGAAGAGGCGUCUUUUGAGGCUGGAUGAGGCUCGGCACAAACUUGCCAAAUUCUCUGAUUAA